CGUGGAGACUUUUAUUUUGGAAAAACACCAAAUUCCGGUAGUGAUUACUCUUUCCGCUGACUGCUUCACGCUGCAGUCACCGGUGAAUCAGAGAAACACUGGAGGAGUGUAGAAAAUAUUCGAGUCAAGGUUAAUUUGUUGAGAAUGGUGAUCCCCACAUUCUUGUAAACAUUUCUUCAUCCUUCAAAAUCUCCAACAUCCUUCAAGAAUGCAGAGGUUGCAGAGUCACCUGAGACCUGCGAGAAGAACAUUGCUGUUUGCUUUUGUCGCACUGUGUCUUUUUGUUGUGAUUUCCUCCGAUGAAGAUUACUACAAGCUGUUGGGUAUUUCCAAAGAGGCCAGUACUCGUGAAAUUCGGCAGGCUUUCAAAAAGCUUGCUCUCACGAUGCAUCCGGAUAAAAACCCAAAUAAUGAAGCAGCCCAUGACGAGUUCUUGAAGAUCAAUCGGGCCUAUGAGGUUUUGAAGGAUGAAGACUUGAGGAAGAAAUAUGACAAGUAUGGAGAGAAGGGCCUGCAAGACGAACAGCAGGGAGGAAGAUAUGAAAGCUGGAACUAUUACAGAUAUGAUUUUGGCAUUUAUGAUGAUGAUCUAGAAAUUAUUACGCUGGACAGAGGAGAUUUUGAUGCAGCGGUAAAUUCGGGAGAGGUCUGGUUUGUGAAUUUCUACUUUCCACGCUGCUCGCACUGUCACGACCUAGCUCCCACGUGGCGGGAGUUUGCGAAGGAGAUGGACGGGGUGAUUCGGAUCGGUGCCGUGAACUGUGGUGAUAAUGGCAUGGUGUGCCGGAGUAAAGGAAUCAACAGCUACCCCAGCCUUUAUGUGUUCAGGAACGGAAUGAAUCCAGAGAAAUAUUAUGGCGACAGAUCGAAAGCAAGUCUUACGACGUUUGCCAUGCAACUUGUGCAGAGCAAAGUGUCAGAACUUUGGCAAGGCAAUAUCUUCGCUGAGAUUGAUCGUGCGUUUGCAGAAAGAAUCGGGUGGCUGAUAUCUUUCUGUGCUGACACUGGAGACUGCUUGGAGUCUCAGACUAGACGCAAGCUGGCUGGAAUGUUGGACGGUCUGGCACACGUAGGCUGGAUGGAUUGCUCUAAACAGGCAGAUCUAUGUGACAGCUUUGACAUCACCACGAGCACAACAGCCCUCUUCCCCCCUGGCAGUUCUCUUACUCAGAAAGGAAGCGUGUUGUUCAUCCAGAGUUUGGAUGCUAAAGAAAUAUAUGCGCAAGUAUUGAAGCAUCUGCCUGACCUGGAGAUGCUUACAAAGGAGAGCUUUGAGGAUAAAUUAGCUCACCAUCGAUGGCUCGUCAGCUUCUCAUUUGGAAAAGAUGACCUGGCAUCACACGAGUUCAAAAAACUCAAAGCUCUGUUGAAAGACUCUCACAUACAGGUGGGGAAGGUGGACUGUAUCUCUGAUUCAGACCUCUGCACAUCUCUGUAUAUUCACAAACCAUGUGUGGCUGUUUUUAAAGGGCUUGGAAUUCAUGAUUAUGAGAUUCACCAUGGUAAAGAUGCCCUGUAUAACAUAGUAUCAUUUGCGAAAGAGAGCGUCGGCGCCCACGUGACCACUCUCAGACCUGAGAACUUCCCCAGUCAUGAGAAAGAGCCCUGGCUGGUUGACUUCUUUGCACCUUGGUGUCCACCAUGUCGAGCUCUUCUCCCUGAACUGAGAAAAGCCUCCAUCCAGCUCUUUGGACAGAUGAAGUUUGGGACUCUGGACUGUACAAUACACGAGGGGCUUUGCAACAUGUACAACAUUCAUGCAUAUCCAACAACAGUCAUCUUCAACAAGUCCAGCAUCCAUGAGUAUGAGGGUCAUCACUCUGCAGAUGGCAUUCUGGAGUUUAUAGAGGACCUGGUGAACCCUGUGGUGUUGACUUUAACCCCGGAGUCAUUCCAGGAGUUGGUGAAAAAACGCAAGUCCACAGACACGUGGAUGGUUGAUUUCUAUGCUCCAUGGUGCGGCCCCUGCCAGGCCCUGCUGCCCGAGUGGAGGCGAAUGGCACGGAUGCUGAAUGGGGUUAUAAACACGGGCACGGUUGACUGUCAGAAACACCAUUCGUUUUGUCAGAGCGAAAAUGUCAGAGCAUAUCCAGAGAUCAGGCUCUUUCCUCAGAACACUAACCGCAGGGAUCAAUACCAAACUUAUAACGGGUGGCAUCGUGAUGCGUUUUCACUCAAGACUUGGGCCUUGGGUUCUCUGCCUCGAGCCUCAGUGGAUCUAUCACCUGAAGAUUUUACGAAACAGGUUUUGGGAGGAAAGGAUCAUUGGGUGUUGGAUUUUUACGCCCCAUGGUGUGGCCCCUGCCAAAACUUUGCCCCGGAGUUUGAAGUCCUUGCCAGGAUGAUGAAGGGUACGGUGAGAGCUGGAAAAGUGGACUGUCAGGCACAUUACCAGAUCUGUCAGAAGGCUGGGAUCAAGGCUUACCCCACUGUCAGGUUUUACCCCCGUCUGGGCACCCAGCGGCGUGAUCCGGGCGGAGAGCAUGUUAACAGCAGGGACGCCAACGUCAUCGCAGACAUUCUCCGACAGCGACUACAGCAACUUUCAAUACAGGGGAAAUCCUCAAAGUUUGAAGACGAACUGUAGGACUCUACACAUCUUGCGAUCCACAGAUGCUCUUUUCUAAGGAGCAGUGUGACCGAGGGGAAAACGCACACUAUAAAAAGACUCUUUAAUGAGAGCGAGAUUUGUUUUUAUUUGUUCACUGCCAAAUGGACUGUAGAGAGGAGUUAUAUCACCUCUGCUGCUGCAGAAAACGGUUCUUGGAAGAAGUCGGAGUAUUUAAGGACAAGCAUCUGCAAAUAUGAUGUUACUGAUUCAAGAUGAGGUCACCACAGUGCAAUUUUGACAACUAUGAUGUAUGAAUGUACUGUCAACAUUAAUGUCGUCAUUUCUUCACACAGACUGUACAUAACAGAUGUAUUUUUCUCAUGUCUUUUCGAAGAGUAUUUCUGACUCAUUAAACUACUCUUACUGUA